AUCAGGUCAGCAGAGCUCUGAGACAGAACAGAUCCUGAGCAGAUCCUGAACAGAUCCUGAGCAGCACGUACAGACAGAGAUCCACCAGCAGUAGAUUCAUGCCGGACCAGAAAAUGUGCAGUAAGGAUUCAGGACUGGUUUACCUAAUAACAGGGGGAUGCGGGUUUUUGGGUCAGCACCUGCUGAAAGUCCUGCUGGAAAAAGAGAACAAAGUGAAGGAGAUUCGACUCUUCGAUAAGCACUGCGAUGCCAGCCUGCAGGACCUGAGUACUGAUCGGGUGAAAGUUGUGGUCAUUCAGGGUGACAUAACAGACUACAUGAACGUUCUGGACGCCUGCCACGGAUCCGAUCUGAUCAUCCACUCUGCCAGCCUGGUGGACGUGUGGUACAGAGUGCCCGAGAAAACCAUCCACACCGUGAACGUCGGAGGAACAAAAAACAUCCUAAACGCCUGCACGGAGCUUGGAAUCCAGCACUUGGUCUAUACCAGCAGUAUGGAGGUAGUUGGACCCAACGUGAAAGGGGAUGCAUUCAUCCGGGGGAACGAGGACACGCCUUACAACGUAUGUCAUGAGAUGCCGUACCCCAAGAGUAAAGCCACAGCGGAGAAACUGGUGCUGGAGGCCAACGGUUCAAAGGUAAAAGGGGGCGCGACCAUGUACACGUGCGCCCUGCGGCCCACAGGCAUCUACGGCGAAAAGCACCAGCUGAUGAAGGAAUUCUACAUGAUGGGCGUUCGGACAGGCGGCUGGCUCAUCCGAGGGGUUCCACAAGACACCGAGCACGGGCGUGUCUAUGCAGGAAACGUGGCGUGGAUGCAUCUUUUGGCAGCGAGGGCGCUGUAUGAGCACCCCGAUAGGCUCGCCGGCGAGGUGUACUUCUGCUACGACGAUUCUCCCUACAAGAGCUACGAGGACUUUAACAUGCAGUUCCUGUCCGCCUUCCGUUUCCGCUCGCUGCAGAUGCCGCUCUGCCUGCUCUGGAUGCUCGCCUGCAUCAACGAGGUGCUCCGUUGGCUGCUGCGGCCCGUCUGCUCGUUCACGCCGCUGCUCAACCGCUACACGCUGGCCGUGGCCUGCACGUCCUUCACGGUCAGCUCGGACAAGGCGCUGCGUCACUUUCAGUACCGCCCGCUGUACGACUGGCAGCAGUGCCGCGACAGAACACAGGGCUGGGUGGACACGUUCCCAAUGGACACGAGCACCAAGAAAGCCUGAUGUUAACGAGAACAUCAUUAUUAAGCUAAUACGCAAAUUUAAUCAGGAUUAUUAGUGCUUAGUAAUCAGUCUUAAGAAUUUUUGCUAGCAUGUUUAUUUGUACGUACAGCUACAAGGGUUUUUUCCCCUGGAUUCAAGAACCAAGGACGUUUGGCACUAAGGGACGCGGCCUUACUAGAGACAAUGUUAAUAAGAAAAGAGGUGCAGAUAGAUGUAGAAGGAUCUAGCGUAGGUUUAUGAGAGUUGCGAGGAUUCUGAAGGAUGUGAUAAUGAUAAUAUAAGUGAGGAAUAAUGAAUAGGUAUUUUAUUUUAUUAUGAUUGCUCAGACUGAUCAUAAUCAACAUCAUCAGUAGGAUUAUUGGACUGUACUUGAUGCACUUGAUGCAUUUUUCCAAGGACACGGGUACCAUUCUGUACUAAUUCUCAGUUUGAAUCAGUUAUUAUUAGCAUAGCAGGUAGCUCCAGAACCCUGGUCUUAUCUUCACUAUUAGCCUCUGCAAACAGGUCUUGUCAUCUAGUUGUUCUGAUCACCUCUGUAGAUGUGUAAGUGUAUGAAUCUAUUCUAAAAACUAUUUCUGUAGUUCUAUAUAUAGUUCUAUUACUGUGUUUGCAUAAAUCCGUAUUUUUAUACACGUCGAUGUACAAGUUCUGUACUGAUAGCAGCAUUCAACCAUCCCACACUUUACAUGAAUUACCUCUCCGAUUUUUUACUGCUUUUUAAUUGUAUUGUCUGUUUUCAUUCUCUUAAUAACAAUAAUUGAUAUAAUUGUUAGCAUAUUAUAAUUUACAUAUUUAUUCAUUACAAUUAAAUAUAUUUAUUUGUAUAAACCAACUAAUAAACAUGUGUAAUCUUAUUAAAGGGCAAUAAUGCUGGCUCUCCUACAUCUCCUAUCGGUCCUCCACUUCAUGCCCAACACCCAUGCCAAUCAAGGAGACUAGCACUUCCAAGUACUGGAAACCCCCGGUUACCUGAGCAGUAACGUGCACAGAGAACACAAUGCACUCCUGAGUAUUCCUUCUGGCAUUUCACAAAGAUUUGGUAGUUUCACUGUUACAUUUGCAAUGAGGUAGCACCUCAUCCUACUUCCCUCCCUCCCUCAGACACGUCCAGUCGUCUGUGUGGAGCGACCGGGCCUGUGCCACCGCUGAAACUCGAACCUGGACCUUCCAUUUGUAAAGUGGUCAAAAAUGAAUAAAUAGAAGAUUAGAAAGACUUGACUUGUAAGGUUUAAAGGUUUGUGGGUUUUGUGAGUGUUUCCAUUAACCCAGGACUGAUGCUGGUACUGCAGGACGAGUUCUGGGUGCUUUGGGCUGAGCUCCGUAAUUCCAUUGAAAGGAUUUUUCUUUUACAGUGAAUGUAUGACAGGAUUCUAGAGAACUCUGUGCUUUCAUCAUUCUGGCAGCGAUAUGAAGAGAACACCCUGUCCUGUUUCCGCAUAUCAACCGCCAGUAAACCAUUCCAGCUCGAGGAUGAAUCGUUUGGGGGUGAAGAUCCUGUCUGAUGUAUAGCGCUCGGUGUUUCCAGGUUGGCUCCAAACCCACUGCGACCCUAAUCAGGAUGAAAGAGCUUCUGAAGAUGAAUUAAACGUGUAUUGAUUAAUGCACUGAUCAUAGAUUGUUGUUCUAUAUGCAGUGAUGCAGUGAAAAUGUAUAAAAUCCAGGUGAUUAAUAUAAAAUAGAAUUAGACAAUUAGGUUUUAGUUGAUGUAAGGUGACCCUGAGUGUCAUGAAAGGCGCCAACAAAUAAAAUCGUAUUAUUAAACUUC